GAAGGUACACAGAAAAGUCAGUUACUUAUGAGUUCGUAAUCAGUUACUUUACGGUCUUCAACGCAGCUGCCACUACGCAGUGGGCGUAUAGUGAACGCAUGAAAACUGCGUCUGCCAUCGAGGCAGCCGUGAACAUCCGAGGAGGAUGCCAGCCGGCAGGAGAGCGUGGAAUACCAGCACCGAUAGGUACUGGCGUCUACCUAAUCGAGAGGACAAACUGCUAGAAACGGCAUUCGUUUUCUUUUUGGUUUAUGCUGCCACGCUAUUUAAUGCAUUCUAGGUCUUAUCGCUGAUUCGGAGCGAUUAGCUGGAUUACCUGUACCAUAGGAAAAUUCUGCGAGCUUACUCAUGUUAUGUUAUAAUUGCUUGCUGCAAAAUCGUUCGUUGCGUAUGGAUACGGUUCCAUUCUGUUUGUCUGAGUGAACGGAACCGCUGAACUGAGUAGAAGAACAGGUCGUGCUUGAAAAAAAUUAGAUCAUCAAUCGAUCACAAGGCUCGAACCGACGAUAAUAUUCCGCAAUGGGAGUCACGAUAAGAGUGCUUCGGUACGUGGUUGAGCCUGUAUUGUUUCUGACAUUUAUGACAAUGUAUAUGGAAAUAUCGGUGGUUCAGUCACUUAUCGCUAAAAAAUAUUGUUUAUUGAAGUUUUCCAACUGUGACAACGUCACAUCGUCAAAUCAUAUUAAAACUGCCAAUCCGUACUACACAGCAUAUAACACCGAGCUGUCACUUUUAGUAUUAUUGGUUGGCCUCUGGUUCGGAUCAUGGGCCGACAAAUAUGGCCGGAAACGUAUGAUGAUCGUGCCUUCAGUCGGAAGCAUUUUGUCAACAUUGAAUUUUAUAACUGCAUCGUACUUUAUCAAAGAGUCACCGCUUGUCUUGAUGAUCUCUGCCGGCGUUAUCGGCUUGAGUACGGGCACGCUUGGCGUGUCCGCGACAUGCUUCGGUCUAGUGAGUGACGUGACAUCGUCGGAGCAUCGAAGCACCCGGAUCGCGGUGAUGGAAGCGAUGAUUUUCACCGGAGGCGCAUUAGGAUUCUACGUGGCCGGCUUCAUGUUAAAAUAUUCUAAUUUCGUAGUCACGUUUACGUUUGAGCUAGUUAUCCACGUCAUAAUACUCCUGUAUAUAAUCAUCGUGGUUCGUGAGCCAGAACGGAGUCGACAGCAUGAAUUGUCCACAACCUCUGUGUUGAGCUUACAUCAUGUGAUGUCGAUGGGUCGUACCGUAACUCGGCCCCGGGAAAAUAACUACCGCUUUGUCCUUAUUCUUCUUUUGGUCUCGUCGCUCAUGCUGUCCUACGGAACGGCGGCCAUAACUUAUAUUACUAUGUCGUUCGUCCAGCUACCGCCUCUCAGAUGGGAUAGUACGAACUAUUCGUUUUUUCAUGGCCAAUUGAUCGCUGUACAAGGAUGCGCAAUCGUUUUUGGACUCCCAGUUUGUUUGCGUUUCUUCCGAAUGAAAGAUACUACGUCAGGUUUUCUUGGAGCUCUAUCCCGAUUCUGCGGCCUUUUUUGGAUGUCGAUCGCAUCACGCGCCUGGAUGAUGUAUCUCACCGUUUUUGUGCUGUCUAUGUCGGAAUUUGCCAUGCCAUCGAUCCGCUCUAUCAUCUCGAAGAUCGUCGGUCCCAACGAGAAAGCGCAGGUCUUCGCCUUCAUGAGUGCUCUGCAGUCGUUUGCCUUCAUGACGGGGUCACUUCUGUUCCUUGGACUUUUUCCAAUGACGAAGGAUUUUUUCCCUGGCUUUGUAUUUGCGUUAGCCGCUUGUUUUCAGAUUAUACCGGUUUUAUCUUUCAUUUAUUUGCACUUUACACUUGAUGCCAACGCACUGUCAGUGCCUCUUCGCACCGAAGAAGAGAUUCCUCGGUGUGAGUCUACUGAAGACUCUGUGGCAGAGUCAUAAACGCAAUAAGACUGUUAGAUAAGCAUUAGACUCAGGAGACAGGAACCAAGGAGAACAUGUUUGAUUCCAAUGUAAAAAGUUGGUUAAAUUUAUCAUAUGGGUUGUUAGGUUGAAAGUGAAUGAUUUAUCUUCCCGAUGGAUGCAAAUCCUACUUAAAUUGAACAUUUUUGUCGGUAAUGAAUUACUAGCAAAAAGGCUUCUAGUUUAUUUCGCGACUAUUGGCUUUAACCUUCGUUAGCGGAAUUCAUUAACAGGCACCCUUGUAGCUACUUGGCCAUGAAAGUCAACUCUUAUGGCAGGGAAUAGCCUAAAUAUUAAGUAUGUUUAUUUCUACUAAGGGACAUUGUUACAUGUAUUUACAUUUUAAAUGCGUAGAUCUGUACUGCGCGGAAUUCUUUUUAUGCUUAGACUAGCAUAGAACGGACAACCAACACCUAUUUUUAUUCCUGUACUGAAAUAUGUAGCAGUUUGUUUUAUAAAAGACAAACAUUUGUUAACGAACUUAAUACGUUAAACUUAAAUAUUAUUUAUGUGCUAUAAAUACUCUGUUUAAUCGUUCUUUUUUAAGUAUAAUAUAUUAUACAUAAAGAAAAUUAAUUACUAGAAUUUUUUUCUUCAGGUCAAGUCUUUUUACUGGGCCAGUUUCACAAUAUUAACAUAGGAAAUUCUAAACAAAUGGCAGACAUUUACUAUCAACCUCGAAAGGACGUUAGUGCUCACUUACAACUAUUUUUACGUAGCGGGACAUUCGUAAACACUACAACUCUAACAUGUACAGAAUGUAAAGAACUACCAAAGAUGUUUCAAGUGUCUCCGUAUAUAUAUAAUAUUUCAAUAAAUGUAACCGUAUACCAUUAUCAUGUAAUAU